AUGGAGGUAGCGAAAGCAGAGGAGAUAAAAGAGAAGGAGGUCACCUGUGACGGCAAGAAGAAGGAGAAGGAGGACGGAAACAAUGAUAAUGCUAUUGAAAAACAGGUCGCCGGAGAAACGAAAGCAGAGGAGGAGAAGGAGAAGGAGGCCAUUGUUUCCGGUAAUGCAAUUGAAGUAGCACAGGGAACUAAACCUAUCGUGGAACAGCAGUUAGUCGGACUAGUAGAACAGGUAAUUAAACCUGUUGAGGAAAAGCCAUUGGCCAGACAAGUAGAACAGGUAAUUAAAACUGUCGAUGAAAAGCAGUUGCCCAUUGAAACGAAGACAGAGAAGAAGGAAAGCGGCGAUAAUGGCGGCAGCUUUCAUCCUGUGAAGCGGAUUGUUAGUCUAAUAAGUCAUUUUAUGGCUUUUCCAAUGCAACAACAUUUUGCAGUAGCAAAAAGAGCUUUAAGGUACUUGAAAGGUACAAUUAACUAUGAUGUAUUCUACAAAAGGGGAGGAGUGAGUGAUCGGAUCGGUUUUACUGAUAGUGACUAUGCCAGCGACAUACAAGACCGCAAAAGUACUACAGGCUAUGUGUUUAUGAUGAGUGAAGGAGCAAUGGCUUGGUCAUCUAGAAAGCAGCCUAUAGUCACUUUAACAACCAUAGAGGCAGAAUUUGUUGCUGCUGCAUGUGCAUGUCAAGCGGUUUAA